ACCCAUACGGGACCCGACACCGUAUACAUACUUUGAUACUUAUCUCCUUACCACUUUGUUUUUUUCUAUAUUGUGAUACAUUACUUCCCUUUUAACAUUUUCUUUUAUUACUAAAAUUCUUUCGACUGUGGAUUAGUUUAUUUGACUUUUCUCAUUCCCUCGUCCUCAUUUUCAUUAUAAAUAGAGAGCAUGCAUGGGGACAUAUUAUUCAUCACAAGUUUUAAGCAGUAUUUGUAAGAAAAUGGCUUCCAAGACUUUGCUUCUUUUGGGUCUCUUUGCAUUUCUUUUCAUCGUCUCAGAAAUGGCUGCCGCGGGCACGGUGAAGUCAGAGAGUGAGGAAACUGUGAAACCUGAACAACAUGGUGGUGGAUUCGGUGACAAUGGAGGAGGAAGAUACCAAGGAGGAGGCGGCCAUGGUGGCCACGGAGGGGGAGGAUACCAAGGAGGAGGAGGACGAUACCAAGGAGGCGGUGGGCGACAAGGAGGAGGGGGAAGUUACUGCCGCCACGGCUGCUGCUACAAAGGUUACCAUGGCUGCUCAAGGUGUUGUUCAUAUGCCGGAGAAGCGGUUCAGACUCAGUCUGGUCACUAAAUCUACAUAAUAUAUCAACCACCAUGAGUGUACGAUUUCAUUUAUAUAUACACUUACGUGUGUAUGUGAUAUGACAAUACACUUACGUUUGUAAUGAAGUGCCUUAAGUUUAAGAGGAGAAACUAUCGGAAUAAAGUUUCAUAAUGUAAUGCCUUUGUGUUUAUUUAAGUUGUUAUUUGCGAUGUUUGCAUAAUAAAGUUGUUUCUAGUUGAAGUUAUUCUCUUUUGGUUUUAUGUGACCCUAUUAAUUCUUUUUUAGUACUGGCCUAAGGAAAGAUAAAAGAUGUACAAAAAAGAAGAAGAUUUAAACAGGCUGGGCAAGG